AUGCCUUUGGUGAAAUUCUCAUCUCCUGGCUGCAUUUCCCAGAUGGGCGAAAGUUGCAAGACCUGCCAAAUUUUGCACAUGCCUGCGACAGUUCAUAUCUGGUACGCAGUAUAUUGUCAUCAAUAUUUGACGUCUGGACUUAAUCUUUGUCGCCGCAAAAUAUCGAGGCGUUGCGUAUACAUUGUCAAAGGUCUCGAUAUUAUCCGUCGGAGUUAUCCACCUAUAUCGGGUGCAUGUCCUUACCGGCAUACCCGGGUUCACCUAAAAGAACCUAGGUGUUCAACGUCGAAGAAUAGUAAAAGCAAUUAUAUGGUACGGUCUGUUUCACAACCAGCGCAAGCAUAA